AUGAAUGCAAAGACGGGGAAAAUCUCCCACGAUUUGGACUCUAUCUGCCUCUAUCUUGCCCAACAGACAGUGGACCGUUGUUUUUUUUUUCGCGAUACAAUGCAACGCUUUUCUCUCAUCGGUGGUACCAGUGGCAGCAUGGAAGGCACGAAAGGUAUUCUCGGCCCUACACUUCUCCUCUCUGUGGGAAAUUGGGAGAAAAGACUGGUGGGGUCACAAGCAAAGGCCAUCCGAUGGGAGAUACCAUUUCGGCAUAUAUGGAGCGGGAAUCGCAACACUCUCCUCCACUGUUCUUUCACUCUUGAACGAGUUGACGAGGCUACUCCAGGGCUCCACUGCACAAUCGCCUGCCAACAGGAUGGGGUUCCAGGAACUCAGCAAGUUCUGCACUUGAAUGUCAACAGUGGUAGUCCAGAGGGCAAACAUUUGCAACUCAAUCCAACGAGUGGCAGUUCAUACAGUGAACAAAAUGAGUUUAGGCUCCCGUCCUUCGUGGUAUUUCAACUGUGCAGUAUGCUCGAUCCCAUCGCACCACUGGGCAAUGAUUGGAGGCAACUAGCUCAACAUCUUGCAAUGGAAAGAUUUCUGCCCUACUUUGCGUCAACUCAACAUCCUACCGAAAUGGUUCUCAAUUUGUGGGAGGCUUCGACAACUGCCAGGGGUCCUCUAGCUCACCAGGAAUUAAUAAACAUUCUACAGAGUAUGCAUCGUCUUGAUUGCGCCAAUUUGGUUCGGUCUCAGGUCUCCCUUGUAUCGUCUCGAAAAGAUCAUGUGUAA